AUGGAGAAACAACCCAGCAGCUGGCGGGGGAGCAACGGCGGCCACGAGAAGAGGCUGCCCCUGCGCGGCGGCGGCCGCCUGGAGACGGAGGCAAGGGCGCCGCACGCCCACGCCCACGCCGCAGAUCAGCAGGAGGCGGGGCGGGGCAGGCACCGGCGCAACUGCGUGCGCGCCGCGCUGGUGCUCUGCCUGCUCACGCUCCCGGCCUGCGUCCUCAUCGUCGGGAACCUGCAGGCCGAGUCCUCGUCGGAGAUGCUCUUCGACGUCGACGACCUCCCAAAGUACGACGACGACGACCAAGAUAUAAGAGAUGAUAUGCCUGAUGAUUUAUCUCCAUCGGCACAAAUUGAUUAUGACAGACUUCUGGGUGGCCUUCUGGUCGAGGGAUUUGAUGAAAGAUCGUGUCGCAGCAGGUACCAGUUUGCACGUUAUCACAGGAAUGCAGCAAGAGUACCUUCUUCAUACCUCAUAGAAAGAUUAAGGAGGCAAGAAGCACUGCAAAAGAAGUGUGGUCCAGGCACCAAAUCAUACAACAAUGCUGCAAAACAGCUCAUGUCCACUCAGAGCAUCAACGGCACAUCGGAUUGCAACUAUCUCUUCCUGAUAAUCCAUGCCGGGAUGGGGAACCGGAUGCUUGAGAUCACUUCAGCGUUCCUUUACGCGCUUCUGACAGGCAGGGUUUUGCUUGUGGACCGUUCUAAGCAGAUUGCCAGUACUUUCUGCGAGCCUUUCCCUGGAACUUCAUGGUUGAUUCCUUCAGAUUUCCCUCUGAGCUAUAAUGAGUUCACCGAGCGUAGCCCAGAGAGCUACGGCAACAUGUUGCAGGAUAAUGUUAUCCGUGGCAACACUUAUCGGUCUCUAACCAGUGCUAGGCCACCCUAUGUGUUCCUCUAUCUUGACGGCGACUGCGCUCCCAACGACACGCUUUUCUACUGCGAAGACCAUCAACAGUUCCUGCAAGGCGUGCCGUGGCUGAUCAUGCGAACCGACAUGUACUUUGUGCCGUCACUGUUUCUUAUCCCAAGUUUCCAAGAUGAACUGAGCAAGCUGUUUCCUGAAAAGGACACCGUUUUCCAUCACUUGGGCCGGUAUCUUCUUCAUCCCACAAAUGAUAUCUGGUAUUCGGCGACAACGUACUACAGGGCCUACCUUGCUAAAGCUGACAAAGUAGUGGGGAUACAGAUCAGAGUACUUGAAACCAAGGGCAUCCUCCAAAGAAAUGGGCCAUUUCCACACGUUUUAGAGCAGGUCCUUUCUUGUGCUCAGGGUGAAAAGCUGCUGCCACAAAUCAUCGGCGAGACCCAUGAAGCAGCCACCGGGAAUAAUCGGACAAUUGCCGUUCUUGUGACUUCGUUAAGCUCUUGGUACAGUGAUCAGAUCCGGGGAAGGUACAGCGAGCACGGGACCGUCGACGGCACCACGGUCAAAGUGUACCAGCCGAGCCACGAAGAGUACCAGAGGUCCAAGAACAAGAAGCACAACAUGAAGGCGCUGGCGGAGAUCUACCUGCUCAGCAUGAGCGAUGUGCUCAUCACCAGCGGGUACUCCACCUUCGGGUACGUCGCACAGGGCCUCGCCGGCCUCACGCCAUGGAUCAUGUACAAGCCCGAGGACGACCUGUACAAGCCCAAGAACCAUGUCGUGCCGAAGCCACCAUGCGGCCGCGCCAUGUCCAUCGAGCCGUGCUUCCACCAGGCCCCCUACUUCGACUGCAAGGCCAAGAGCUUCGCCGACCUGGGCAAGGUGGUGCCGUACGUGAGGCACUGCGAGGACGUCAGCUGGGGGCUCAAGAUUGUAAAUGAAACUCAGUUGUAG